AAAGGAUAGAGAUGUCACAUUACUGUGUUCUCUGGAGAGGUACAGUGGGUUGGGUUCUUGUCCAGAAGACAGUUUCCACUGGUUGGAUGAGACAGGAACUAAAUUGACUGGUGAAGAUUUUCGAUACCAGUUAAGAAAACCAAGCAGCUGUGUUUCCUCUCUAACUGUGCAGCAUCAGAGCAUCGCCAACAGAAGAUACACCUGCCAGUUUGUUGAAGGAAACAGCAUAAAGGUAGAAGCUCACUACCCAGCUGGGUUUAAAGAUUUCAGAGUCCAUAUCUACCACAGAGCUGGAGAUGAUGCUGUUUUACCCUGUAAAAGACCUUCAUCAUCCUCUUCCUCAUGCUCCACUGUUAACUGGCUUUAUAUGAGAGAUGAAGACAUGAAUCCUCAGCAGGAAGUUCAGAGAGGAAACAUUGUUCAGAGUUCAUCUAAAGCUGCCAAGCUGAGUGUGGACAAUGACUGCUCUCUGAUCAUCAACAGCAUCACUGCUGAGGAUGCUAGAGGUUACAGAUGUCAGAUUCAGGAUGGAGGCAGCUCUGAUCCAGAUGUGUAUCUAAAUCUGAUGAGCAUCUCUCCAGAAGAUGCUGAUCAAACAGAGAAUAAAAUCACAUUACUCUGUUCUCUGGUGAGAUUCAGCUCAUUGGGUCCUUGUCCAGAGAACAGCCUCCUCUGGGUGGAUGAGACAGGAACUGGUCUGACUGGUGAAGGUGUUGGGUACCAGUUUAGACAGACUGGCUGUGAUUCUUAUCUCACUGUGAAGCUUCAGAGCAGCAGCAGCAGCAGAAGAUACACCUGCCAGUUUGUUGAGGGAAACACAGUGAAGAUAGAAGCUCACUACCAGCUGGAAGGUUCCACAGACUGGUCUCCUCUGAGCUUCAUCAUGUUGACUCUGAGGAUCACAGCACUGAUCCUGAUGGUUGGAAUCACUGCUGAUAUCAUCAGAACCAGAGGACGGAAAAAGCCACGGAAAGACGUUAAUGUUCAUGAUGCUGUUGAUGAGGUUGCAGUAAACUAUGAAAAUGAUGGAGAACCUUCUGCUGCUGCCAAACUCACUUGACCUUCAUCACAUCAAUACAGUUUAUACUAAAACAACGCUUUUGGAAUAAUUAUGUACAAGAUACUUAAUGUUUGUUCUUAUGAUGUAUAAUGUGCGACAUAUUACUGUUCCAGAGUUCAAGAGUUGUUGCACAAGCAGUGUAGGUCAACUUUCAGGAAGUAUUGCUCAAGCUUAAUGAAACCAGCCAUUCUCUGACCAUUUGACCACAAGACAUUUAAAUGCAAAUUAACCUGUGCACUGAGGCUGCAAAUUGAAUUGCCUAUUUUCUCUUCUUUUCCUUUAGUGCAACCUCAGCUUUUGUAACUAGGAAACUCUCCCAGAAUUUAAUAAAUAGUGAGGAGAAAGCUGAAGACCGGCAGAGUGGGGUGGAGAUGUAACUGCACGAUCUCUUCCUACUCUCUUCAUGAGUAAAAAGAAUUCUGACUCUGUUGCUACAUUCACACCGGACGCAGCAGGCGCGGCAGAAGCAGUGAGUUUACAUGCAAAGUCAAUGGUUGACGCACGUCAAGGCGCAGCAAAAUGUCCCGCAGCGCGUUUUGAGCAGCAGGCGCAGCGCGUCUGAGCAGCUGAAGCAGCGCGUCGGGCACGUUUAAGCAUCUGACGCGUGUGACGCACCGCAAACGUGCUGCAGUUUGAGAUGGAAAAAUUGAACUUCUGCUGCUCGACGCGCCGCGUCAACCAAUCAGAGAAGCUGAUCUGGGAGCUGGCCGUGAGACAGACACAUCGCUGAUGAUACAGAGCGCUGUGAUCACUCC